UCAUACAUAGACACUCAAUAUAAAUCAAUGGUGUUCAAAGUACGAAAAUCAGGUUUUGAUGUUGAAAACAUAGCUCUGUAUGAACGACAGCCAUAAUUGUUUUGCUAAACAGGAUCCGAGAAAACAGCUGUGAAGAUUUAUCAGAUAAAAUUUAUAUUCACAACAAGAUGGGAUGCGAUGGUGGAACAAUACCCACAAGGGAUGAGUUGGUCAGGACAAAGAAAAAACCUGAACAGAAAGACAAAAUGGCUGACUUGGCUGCCAAAUGGAAACACUGUGCUAUCUCACAGGAACCCUUAAGAUCUCCUAUUAUGAGCUGUGAAUUUGGUAGACUGUACAACAAAGAAACCGUUUUGGAGUUCCUCCUUGAUCGAAACAGUUUUGAGUGUGCUCAGAGUUUCAGUCAUCUCCGAGGGUUGAAGGAUAUUAAGGAAGUGAAGCUGACUGAGAACCCUGGAGAUUCCAGGCCAAAGGCAGAAAAGGGAGAUGGUUACAUUGAUACGCUUGCUUCACAGUAUAUAUGUCCUGUGGUGGGCUUAGAAAUGAAUGGGAUGUUCAAAUUCUGUUUUCCAUGGACAUGUGGUUGUGUGGUUUCAGAGCGGGCUCUGAAAGAGGUGAAGUCAGAUACUUGUCAUAAGUGUGGUGAAAAAGUGGACAAGGAAGAUGUUGUAAUACUCAAUGCAAGUGAGGAAGACUUAGAAGUGAUGAGAGACCGAAUGAAAAGGAGAAGAUUAGCAGCUAAACUGGAGAAGAAAGCUAAGAAAGCAGAAAAGAAGAAGUCUGACAUCCCUGUUGACCAAUGUGCUGAAGGCAGUAGCAGCAAGAUCACCUGUUUGGUUCCUGGAAAAUCAAAAUUUACAAAUGGUAACAGAGUUGCCUCAAACACUAAAACAACAGGCAAGAAUUCCAAGACAGCUUCUGGAAGCAAUGAAAGCCAGGGUCAAACAAGUCUCCAGAAGGACUCUAAAAACAGUAUGGUUUACAAGUCAUUAUUUACAUCAUCAGAAGAGUGCAAGAAAAAGCCUGAACAACACUGGAUUACCUACAAUCCUCUCUAUUUUUAGAUAUUUAAGGACAUUCCUGUCUGCUUGUAUAUGUUAUCAAAGAAGGUAUGUUUAGUGUUUCAUUCACCUCAUCAAACAACUAUGUUAUUAUCAUUUAUUCUACAGUUUUGUGUGAUCAGGAAAGCACCCACUGACUUGAGGCGCACCUUUUUUGAGGUAUAAAAUUCUUUAUAUGCUUUGUGA